GUCUGGCACCAAAGAAGGCAGCCAUCACCGAGGGACCAUCGCUACCAGGGCAGCCUGGCCAAGGGAAGAAGAUAGGUCAUCGAGGCGUUGAUGCUUCUGGUGAAACCACCUACAAAAAGACCACUUCAUCCACUCUGAAGGGGGCCAUCCAGCUAGGGAUUGGGUAUACUGUCGGCAAUCUGAGCUCCAAGCCAGAGAGAGAUGUUCUGAUGCAGGACUUCUACGUGGUAGAGAGCAUUUUUUUCCCAAGCGAAGGCAGUAAUCUCACCCCGGCUCACCAUUAUGCUGACUUCAGGUUCAAGACCUAUGCACCAGUGGCUUUUCGGUAUUUCCGAGAACUCUUUGGGAUUCGUCCAGAUGAUUAUUUGUAUUCAUUAUGUAAUGAGCCUCUGAUAGAGCUGUCGAACCCUGGUGCCAGCGGCUCCCUCUUCUAUGUCACCAGUGACGAUGAAUUCAUCAUAAAAACUGUGAUGCACAAGGAAGCUGAAUUCCUACAGAAGCUCCUUCCUGGCUACUACAUGAAUCUGAACCAGAACCCACGGACGCUGCUGCCGAAGUUUUAUGGACUGUACUGUGUGCAAUCAGGGGGCAAAAACAUCCGUGUGGUGGUGAUGAACAACAUUCUGCCUCGCGUGGUGAAAAUGCACCUGAAAUUUGACCUGAAAGGCUCGACCUAUAAACGCCGAGCAUCCAAGAAGGAAAAAGAAAAGUCCAGCCCUACGUACAAGGAUCUAGACUUCAUACAAGACAUGCCCGAGGGCCUGAUGUUGGAUGCAGACACCUUCAGUGCAUUGGUGAAAACAUUGCAACGAGACUGUCUGGUGUUGGAAAGCUUUAAAAUCAUGGACUACAGUCUCCUGCUUGGGGUUCAUAACAUAGACCAGCAAGAACGGGAGCGACAGUCUGAGGGAGCCCACAGCACGUCGGAUGAGAAGCGUCCCGUGGGGCAGAAGGCACUUUACUCCACGGCCAUGGAGUCCAUCCAGGGUGGGGCUGCCCGGGGGGAGUCCAUAGACACAGACGACACGAUGGGAGGAAUCCCAGCAGUGAAUGGCAAAGGAGAGCGUCUUCUACUACAUGUAGGAAUAAUAGAUAUCCUUCAAUCAUACAGGUUCAUCAAGAAGCUAGAACAUACCUGGAAGGCCCUUGUCCAUGAUGGGGACACAGUGUCAGUACACAGACCCAGCUUUUAUGCAGAGAGAUUCUUCAAAUUCAUGACCAACACAGUGUUUCGAAAGAAUUCCUCUCUGAAGUCAUCUCCCUCAAAGAAAGGGCGUAGUGCCUUGCUAGCUGUCAAGACGGCCGGUCCAACAGCUGCAUUUUCAGCUAGCCAGCUUCCCUCUGAAAAGGAUGAAACACAGUAUGAUCUUCGUGCGGCCAGGAGUUACCCCACACUUGACGAUGAAGGCAGGCCAGACCUGCUACCCUGCACACCUCCUUCCUUUGAAGAAGCUACUACAGCCUCCAUAGCCACAACACUAUCUUCAACAUCUCUCUCUGUUCCCGAGCGAUCCCCUUCGGAGACCUCUGAGCAGCCCAGGUACAGGAGGCGCACACACUCCUCAGGGCAGGAUGGCAGGUCACACGAGGAGGUGCGGGUUGAGGAGGAGCUUCAGCAGAUCAGUGUCGAGCUGGAGCCCAAGUGUGACGUUGAGAUCGUAGCUCCUGAAGAAGAUGACAAAGAAGAGGCGGCUUCUUCAGCCUGUGCCAUUGUAACAUCUACAGCUACAAUAGAGGUGGAGACAGCCAGCCAGGCCUCCGAACCAGCCAGCCAGGCCUCGGAUGAAGAUGACGUGCCAGUCACAGACAUAUACUUUCCGACAGACGAGAGGAGUUGGGUUUACUCCCCGCUCCACUAUAGCGCUCAACUCCACUCUGUCUCCGAUGAGGAGAGCGAUACAUAAUCUCUAUGCAGACACAGAAGCCCCAGAGAGCAGCGAUUCCCUCUGCAGGUCGAUGUGUUCCCUUUUCGUUGAUGCAGCCGUUCCAGUGGGAUGGGGAAGAGCUUGCUGACACCAGUAUUGCUGCACUGCAGGAUCCCGGGCACUGCAUUUCAGAAUGGAGCAAAACUAUAAUCGUGUAUUCCUACUUAUCCCAGACGUGGGCAGCAAAGAAACCACCCACUCACCCGCAGCUCCCAACGGAGACAUCCAGCUGGGUGUAGAGAAUCCUGGGUAGUAACACAGUGUUUUCCAGACGUGCACUACUGUAGCUACCUAUCCAUGUGUGAUACUGUGAACCUUUUUAAUUUUUUAAUCAUGUAUUUAUUUCUUUUAUCUUUGCACAGAGACAGCACAAAUGUGCUUUUUUAAA